AUGACAGCGAAACAAAAAGUUGUCAUACUUUUCCCAGGAUUAAAGUUCUGUGCCUAUGGAAGUAUUAUGGUAGCUUCCAAUAGACCCUUCACUGCAACCACAAAAGAUCCAUACUUGGAUCAAGAUGGAACAUGGAAAUUCAACGAUGAAAGCACAACAACAACAAAUCCAUUACUAAUCCUUCCAAAGAUACCAGCACAGUAUGACGAGCCUACUCAAUUCGAUCAUUAUCCAAUCACACUUUUCACAUGUUCUAUGUGCAAUGUCCAAGUAGCUUACAUUGCCCCAUCUUAUGUUUCCUCUAAAGAAAUGUAUGGUACGACAAUUACUGAUCUUCAUCGUGUCAGAAUUUCUACGAAGUUAGAUAAUGAGAAAAAGUUACACUCUAAAAUGGUAAUGGAUCCACCGGGUUUCUUCCAUGACACAUUUCAUGUAUAUGGUGAAUUUAACCACACUUAUCACUAUAAGAAGAGCAGUGAAGAUGCUAAUUUAGUUACUGUUCCUGAUGGCCUAAUUGAAGGUCAAGAAGGUAAUUUAAGUAUUUCAUAUUCAUUAUCCGCUCUUGUAACUUCAAAUGCACCAUUGGAUCCUCAAUCUGUUACAAUAGCUUAUAACACACCCGUACAAACAACUGCUACUACAAACUUCUUCCCAGAAUUCGACAUCACAAUUUCAUCAGAAGGUGGUAUCUUCACAAAGGAUGAUGCUGAUACACCUUUCCCAAUUAAUCCUGACGAAGAAGAUCCAACACCAGAACCAGAACCAGAACCAUCAACAUCUUCAUCUGUAACACAAGAACCAGAACCAGAGCCAUCAUCUAGUUCUCACACACCAGAACCACAGACAUCAUCUAGUUCACAAUCAACUCCUGCUCCUCCAUCUCCAAAACCUACAGAAAAACCUACACCAACACCAGAGCCAAAGCCACAAAAACCAACACCAGCUCCAACUAAAAAGCAAACAGAUGAACCAAAACCAGAUGAUCAGAAAACAGGAUUAACUAAAGGUCAGAAAGCGAUGAUCGGAGGAAUUGUCGCAGCUGUAAUUGUUCUUAUUAUUGUUGCCGUGGUCAUUGUUCUUUUAAUAAGAAAUAAGAAAGAGGAAGGUAGCAAUGUAAUUACUCAUGAAUUGGUUACUUUAGUUUAA